AUGAACGCGCAAGACAGGGUGAUGGCCAACAAUGAGCGCGAUGCUUCACCCGAGAGAUUUGGUCCCAUUGAACGCCAUGAGUCCCACGAAUCGCCAAUAAUCACAAGACGUUCCUCUACAUCAUCGCAUGACGGAAGCUCGGUCAGGUUACAAGAGAUGGGUAGGAGCAUUUCAAGAGUCGAGACACAACACGAGAAUGAGGCAGACCUUGAAAGACAUCCAACUGCACUGAGCAGAAUCCAGACUGGCAGAAGUCAACACAGCGCUACCGUUGGAGCGAGCGGUGCAGACAGCACAGGCUUUGGUGUUUUCCGCACGAGAUCCUCAAAGGCUAGCAAACCUUUGCCUGCCUUUGGUGGUGGCAAGCCCUACCCUCCACCAUUGCCAGAAAGAGAAGAAUAUGUAGUAGAAUUCGAUGGUCCAAACGAUCCAAUGCACGCUCAAAACUGGCCUUUCAAGAAGAAGCUUCCUGUUGCCGCUUCGCUGGGAUUCGUAACAUUGACUGCUGCCUUUGGUUCUUCUAUAUUCUCCUCCGCUACCGGUGCUGUUGCCUCCGAAUACAACGUCUCAAGAGAGGUCGGCAUUCUUGGUAUCUCUCUCUACGUGCUCGGGUUUGCUACUGGCCCUAUCCUCUGGGCUCCGAUGAGUGAACUUUACGGACGCCGUCUACCUCUUCUUAUCAGCUCUUUCGGUUUCUCUAUCUUCUGUAUCGCCGUGGCCGUUGGAAAGGACUUGCAGACAAUCCUCAUCUGCAGAUUCUUCGGUGGUUUCAUGGGCGCUUGUCCACUUACUGUCGUCGGAGCUGUAUUUGCCGAUAUGUUCAACAACGCUCAAAGAGGUGUUGCCGUUACUGUCUUCAGUAUUGCGGUCUUCUCUGGACCUCUGCUUGCACCUUUCAUUGGUGGCUUCAUCACGACUUCUUACCUUGGUUGGCGCUGGUGCGAAUACAUCACCGCUAUCAUGGGAUUCACUGGCCUUGCUCUUUUGAUCUUCCUCCUCGAAGAGACCUAUCCUCCUGUCAUCUUGGUCAAUAAGGCUGCCGAAUUGAGACGCAGAACCAAGAACUGGGGUAUUCACGCAAAGCAGGAGGAGAUUGAGAUCAACCUUCGCGAGCUGGUCGAGAAGAACUUGGGCCGACCUAUGCGCAUGCUCUUCACGGAGCCAAUUGUCCUCCUCCUCUCCAUUUACAUGGCCUUUGUCUACGGUUUACUCUACUUGUUCCUGACUUUCUACCCGAUCGUUUUCCAACAAGUACACGGAAUGUCUCCUGGUGUAGGUGGAUUGCCCUACUUCGGAAUGAUUCUGGGCGAAGUCUUUGCUGGUGUAUACAUCGUCAUUGAUGUCCCAUCAUACAAUCGCAAGCUGAAGGCAAACAACAACAUUCCGAUUCCUGAAUGGCGCCUUCCUCCAGUCAUCAUUGGCGGUGUGCUCUUCGGUAUUGGUUUACUCUGGUUCGGUUGGACUGGUUACAGAGCGGACAUUCACUGGAUCGCGCCAACUUUGUCAGGUUUCUUCACUGGUUUUGGCAUCAUGUCUAUCUUCUUGCAAUGCCUCAACUACCUUAUCGACAGCUAUCUCAUGUUCGCCGCCUCCGCCAUCGCAGCCAACACUUUCCUCAGAUCCCUCUGUGGAGCAGGAUUUCCAUUAUUCGCUACAUAUAUGAUCGAGGGAAUGGGUAUCCAGUGGGCCGGCACUUUGCUCGGGUUGUUCGCAUUCUGCCUUGUACCUCUGCCCAUCUGGUUCUACCUGAGGGGAGCACAGAUCAGAAGCAAGAGUAGCUUUGCACCUACCUUCCCCGUCGCCAACAAAGCAUCGGCCAACCCCGACGACGAACCCGAGUCUCGAAGCAUCAGUGCCCCACAGGAUCUUGAGAAGCAGGCAUAA